GUUUUCCCACCGAUGCCCGAUGACGCCACUGUUACUAAAAUCCGCUCACUGAGCGGCUUAGUGAGAGGUGAUGUUAUGGCAUUUAGAAGUGUUGCCAUAGUUACCGCGUCGAUUUAAGAGAAUUAAGAAUUAUUUCCAAAGUAACCAUAGAUCAUAUAAUAAAAGUUAUUAAAAUGGAUUUGACUGAAACGGCUGCAUUGGAUAUUCUUGAUCCAGAUGACAAAUUAAUGAAGAAAUUUCAAGAAACGUUUCAUACACAUUUAACAGAUGUUAAUAACAGACUUUCGGAAGAAAUAUAUAAACUUGAAACAUCGAUAAAACAAUCGGAAGAGGAAUUAGAAUUCAAAGGUGUACAUUUAUACCAAACUCAACAAGAAAUUGACCAUCAACAUACAAUAAUACUACAAUAUAUAGAAGCAUUGUCACAACUCACAUUGUUAAGAGAAAAAAGAUGUCAGAGUAUAGAAGAUGCUAAAAAUGCCUUGAAAGAACAUAGUUGUAAAUUAAAGGAAGAAAAACACAAAAAAGAAGAGCUUUCUCAAAAGUUAAACAAUUUGCUGGCUCUCUAUAGUUAUUUGUCUAAAUGGGAAAAAGAUUUAAAUGAUUAUUUAAAAAAGUCAAAACAGAUAUCAUCGCAAGAUACCAAUAAAAGGAAGACGUUAAUCAAUAAGAAACAGCAACGAGAUUUUAUUUUGUAUCAAUUAAAGGAAGAAGUGUGGAGAAUCGAAGCAGACAUAGCACAUUUGGAUGAGCAAUUACAGAUUAAAGACAGAGAAAAGGAAGAUACUAAUAGAAUGAUAAUCGAUGUAAAUACAGAUUUAGAAACCCUACACGCAGAACACAAAGGCUUACAUAUCACAUGGAAAUCUCUUGUGGCUAAUAUUUGUAAACGGAAUAAUUUUCAUGACCAAUUACAGUCUCAACAAGAAGAAGUUAAUAAAUUAUACGAUGCACUAUUAUUGGAAAUACGUAAAGUCAAGAGAGAAACAGAAAAGGAGAUGGAAAAGAAUGAACAUUUGACAUCUUUAUCGUUUCGUAUAGACAAUGAUGUUCGAAUCGUAUCGAAAAAAAUAUCAAUGUAUAAUGAAAAAAUUGCAGACAUUGAAUUGCAAUUAAUAAAAUUAGCAAAAGUUGAUGAGCAAACACAGUGUGAUUACAAUAUUAUUUUUGCUAAAUAUCAGAAUUGCUCGUACACGGAGCAGCAAGCAAAUAAGAAGUUUGAAAUUAUUCUUGAAAAAAAGAAUAACGUAGAAGACACAAUAUUUAAAAAGUUAGACGAGAAAGUUGUAUGUGACAAAACAGCACAAUAUAUAAAUGAAUUAUUAUUAAAUACAAAAACUGCUGUGUUACAACAUGAAAUCACAGUCGCGCGUUUAGAAAAUUUGUGCGGUAAUAAUCGUUUGAAAUUAGAGAAACUGAAAAAUCUCACAGCGAAUCAGAAAGUAGAAUUAGAGGAACUUUUGCAAAAAAAUGAAGAAAAAGUAAAACAAUUAGAUGAAUUGGAGAGAGACAUACAAAAGUAUGAAACUAUAAUUGAAAGGAAGCAAAGAAAAUUUCUAGGGAUAAAUAAACUUAUAAAACAGAUUGCACCAAACAUUGGUAGCGAAGAUUUUGGUCUGCAGGAUUUAAAAAUUAUAAGUUUAACAAAAAAUAUUCAAGAAUUUGUACAGAAUAUUCAAAAAUUACAACAAUUCUGGAUGCGUCAACAAGGUUUUAUGGUUUCGUUAAGUUAUCAGAGAGAAUCGCAAUUACGGGAGUUAAAUCUUCUCGACAAAGAAAUUAUGAUAAUGGGGCAAAAAAAUUUUAAAUUAGAAUACAUGUUAGAAAUGCUUACAAAAGAAGAAGCAAAUAUAAAUAAGAUGAUAGUUUCUCUCACGCAAAAAGUUUUGCAUAUCAAUUCAGAUUUAGUGAUACAAAAAGAUCUGAAAGAGGAUUUGGAAGACAAAAACUGUAUAAUAAAAAAUGAAUGCAUUUUAUCUUUCCAAGAACUCGAAUUAGAACUUAUAAAAUUACAGAGUGAUUUAAAAAAUUCAUCCAAUGAAAAAAUGACAUUAAAGGAAGAAUUAAAAUCUACACAACAAGAGAAUUCAUCAUGGGAGAAAAAGGUACAGUUACUACACGAGACAAUAAAAGAAAUUAAAGACGAACGCAGCGCCGGUGCUAUACCGUCAAUGAAAAAUGAAAUACAUAAGAUGGAAAUGAGACUUUCACAUUUAAGAAGAAUUCAAGAAAAGUUAAUUCAUGAUAUGGAACUCUGUAUUGGAAGAAGAGAUAUUAUAAUAACCAAAGCAAUUGGUAGACUUAACAAAAAUCCGAAAGAACGCCAUAACGAAAAGGUUACGAUGCAUAAACGUUUGAUUGGCCAACAAUCAAAAAUCAAGCAAUUCUCAAAAAUAAUAAAACAAACUGGCGAUGCAGUGGAACAAUUGAAAAGUGAAAUAAACGGCACAAUGAAUAAAUUUAGCAAUUCUCGCCAAGUAUUACGAAAUUUAAAAGAACACAUUUCAAACAUAGAAGACGAAAUUAAUCAAAUUGAAAUGUUAAAAUAUCAUAAACUGCAUAGCUUAAUACUUAAGCAAAGAAAAGUAAAACAAUUGUAUAAUAUAAAGACUGGUAAUUAUAAAAUGAUUUACAGAAAUGGAAGCAUAAUAGAGGAAAAUAUGAAGAUAGAACACACUUACCAGCAAUAUUUAAAACAUAUAAUAGAAAAAACUAAUCACGAUUUCCCAAUGUUAAAAUUUAGUUUACGGAAAAUACUGUUAACCCUGCAAAUUCUUUAAGAAACUAGUAGAU